ACGUAGCCAAUUGCCUUUAACAGACGAUUGAUAAAAAAAACAGUUCUACCUGCUUCUAUCUAUAAUUCACGAACUGUUCAUUAGUUUUCAACCUUGCUCCAAAUAUCGACACUUAUAAAGGUAUUGUGCUUCGUAUAUGCAAAUAAUAACAAAGUGAAAUGUGGACAACGUUAGUGUAUUUUUUGUUGGUCGUUAGUUGUGCUGUGUCUAAAACUGAAUACGAAAAUGUGCUUGACGAAAGGAAUGACUUCAUACAGCGCGAAUUGGACAUGAUGCUCGGAAAUGAUAUAACACUCAGUGAUAAUGAACUGAAAGCCAACGAGAUCAUAAUGGAUCUGAAGUGCAAGGAGUUAGAUUUUGGUUUCCAAAGUCCUCACAUAUUCAACUUGUCUAAACAUUUCUUUGAAUACAAAGAUGCAGUUAAAGAGUCAGCUUUGUAUAAAAUAAUUCAAAAAAUGCCAAAAGGUGCUAUCCUUCAUGCUCAUGACACCGGUCUACUGAGUCCUGAUUAUGUUUUGAAUAUCACUUAUAUGGAAAACCUAUACGUUUGCUUCGAGGAAGACACUAUGCAACUUUUGUUCUCUGAUAAUAUACCUAAGGAGUCUUGCGGAACUAAAUGGCAAUUGAUGCAUGAUGCUCGUUAUUCUUCGGUCGAUGUGGAAGAAUUUGAUGCUGAGUUGAGAAAGUAUUUCACUAUUGUCAUCGAUGACCCUCAUGAAAUCUACACUGACAUCAAUGUAGUAUGGAGUAGGUUCCAACAAUAUUUUAUAACCACGGGUUCAAUGUUUUCUUACAAACCUGUAUGGGAGCAAUACUUUUAUGAUACAUUGAAAGCGGUGAGAGAAGAUAAUAUAAUGUAUAUGGAGAUACGUAGUGUUUUACCUCCACUGUAUGAUUUGAAUGGUAAAGUGUACGAUUCCGUUGAAACAGCAGAAUCUUACAAGAUAACUGUUGAUAGAUUCGUUAAAGACUAUCCAGAUUUCUACGGGGCAAAACUUAUAUACGCACCUUUAAGAAUGGUUGAUGCUAGUACAGUGAAACAAUACAUAAAGACAGCAAAGAAGAUAAAAAAGAAAAUGCCCGAUUUUUUGGCUGGUUUUGAUCUGGUUGGUCAGGAAGAUCUGGGAGUACCGACAAAGGAAUUUCUAUUAGAGUUGGUGCAUGCCAAAGAUGAUUUAGAUUAUUUCUUCCAUGCUGGUGAAACUAACUGGAACGGCAUGAGCUCCGACGAGAAUAUGUAUGAUGCCAUCGCUUUAGGCACGAAAAGGAUCGGUCAUGCUUUCGCUCUGACUAAACAUCCUUACCUGAUGGAAGAGGUGAAAAGAAGAGGAAUAGCAUUAGAAGUGAACGUUCUAUCGAACACAGUGUUGAAGUUGGUGGGCGAUAUGAGAAAUCAUCCUUUAGCAUCUUUCCUGGCUCGAGAUUUGCCUGUAGUUUUGUCGAGUGACGAUCCAGGAGUGUGGGAAGCUGAUCCUUUAUCUCACGACUUUUUCGUUACCUUCUUAGGUGUAGCCAGCCGUCACGCUGACUUGAAGCUAUUGAAGAAACUAGCUCUUAACUCUUUGUACUACAGCACUGUCAAAGACAAAGAUAAGGUGGUGCAUGAAUUCGAAAUAAGAUGGACGAAAUUCAUUGAUUCCCUAGUAAAGGAUAAAUGGUAAAUUGGGAUUUGGCUUCGCCGCCAUCUCUGAGAUCCUGAUUUGGUUCCCGGUCGGGUCUAAGUAGAAAUCAAAACAUUUCUAUAGUAUCUCAAGUUUGGCUGGUGUCACAAGCUAGUCAAUUAAAAAGAAAAAAUAAAACCAUGGGAUCACAGCUAUGUAUGAAUACAAUGUUACUGAUUCAGUACGUCUUUAUUUAUAAGUGGAAUAAAUAGGUUAUACGCAAUAUGAAUGGAAUAUACUGUUAAAUAAAACUAGUUUUUACGGGUUAAUGCACGAAACUUUAUUUAUUU